AUUAAUUAACCAAAAAAAAAAACAGUUCUACGAAACUUCCAUAGCCAUUACACCAGCAAAUCCUCGCCUAGCCUGCGCGUAUGCUCCACGCUCCAUUGCCUUUUUCAUUCAAACCUCCCCUCAUGCGCAUUGCGCACCUCCCCGGCUCUCUCUUCUCCUCCUUUACUGGAAUUCGGUUUCACGCUGCUCCAAAAUCUUUGCCAGCUUUUGUUUCUUUUUCUUCUUCUUCGAUGGCGGAUUCUAACAACUUCUUAGCCGUUUCCGCCGAAGAUGUGGCGAAGUUCGGGUUCACGCGCGAGGAGAUGUACUCCAGUAACCUUGCUGGCACUGUUAAUCCCUACGAUCGCCACCUGUUUCUUCGCCAUAAAUCCUAUACCGAUUGGGCUUCCCGCGUCGAAGAGGAUCUCCUCCCUAAGCAUCUUUCUUCCGCUCUCAAGUCUCGCAAAAACGACAUCCCUAGCAAGACACUGUUGACGGUUAUUGAAGGAGAGCAAUCUGACGGAGAUGUGUUGAUUUUCCCUGAAAUGAUCAAAUACAAGGGUUUGACGGACUCUGAUGUGGAUGGCUUUGUCGAGGAUGUGCUUGUGAAUGGCAAGCCUUGGACUUCAGGAGUGCAGGAGACAUUCACCGGUUCAUAUGUCUUCGUGUGUGCUCAUGGUAAUCGUGACAAGAGAUGUGGUGUUUGUGGACCAAUUCUAAUUGAAAAGCUGAACGAGGAGAUUGCGUUGCGAGGACUGAAGGAUCAGGUGUUUGUAAGUGCUUGCUCUCACAUUGGAGGGCACAAGUAUGCUGGGAACUUGAUUAUCUUCAGCCCAGAUUCUGAGGGAAAGAUUAUGGGCCAUUGGUAUGGCUAUGUUACUCCGGAUGAUGUGCCUGAAUUGCUGGAUCAGCACAUUGCAAAGGGAGAAAUAAUAGAACGCCUUUGGAGGGGUCAAAUGGGGGCUUCUAAUGAAGGAGGUGAUAAAACAGGUGAACAGAAGCUUCCAAAUGGGGAAGAAGUGAAGAAGAAUGAGAAGCAUGAAGAAUCUACUGCUCAGAAGACCAAGGAAAACGUGGGUGGUUGUUGUCAGGGUGUUAAUGGGUUUACCUGUUGCAUGAAUGCUAGCCCUGAAGUAAGUGAAAGUAAAAAAAUUGAAGAAACAACAGAAUCACGCGGAAAGACUGGGCCAGGCAGAUUGACAUGCUGGUUCCAAUCAUGGGAGCAACUUGAUGUUCUUACAGCAGCAGCUGUGGUUGGAGCUGUGGCAACCAUUGCUGUGGCUUAUAGCUAUUAUAGAAGAUCGGGUUGAAUUAAAAGCCCCGUAUUCCAAUAUUUUACUGUUUGCUUGUGGGUUGUAAGCCCCUGUUUUUUGGUCGCAGAGGCAAUAGUUGAUGAUAAAAUAAUCCUCCAAACUACAAACUUCUGGUGGAGAUUGAUACAAAUAGU